AGCGAGCGAACCAGCAGAACUAGUCCGUCCUUCGUUGACAUCGUACAUCACGGCUCUCUAGAUAGAUUCUGAGCCGCACACCUUUUCUUCCCGAAUCUUACCUCACCCCGCUCGCCGAAAAGCUGCUUCAACCAUCGACUGAGAUCCUGACCACAAGGCAUUAGAGCCUCUUCCCGCCGAGUUUCGUCGAGCUGCACCUCCAUCAGGCUCUCUAAGCUCUCCGCUGCAAUGUCGACUCAGCCCCUCCUCCAGACAGCUCCAGGCAAACGCAUCGCCCUCCCGACUCGCGUGGAGCCCAAAGUCUUCUUCGCCAACGAGCGCACCUUUCUCUCGUGGCUGAACUUCACCAUCAUCCUGGGUGGCCUGGCCGUCGGUCUGCUCAACUUCGGCGACCGCGUUGGUCAGAUCAGCGCCGCCAUCUUCACGACCAUAGCCAUGCUCGCCAUGCUGUACGCUCUGUUCACCUUCCACUGGCGGGCCGCCAGCAUACGGAAAAGAGGCCAGGCGGGCUUCGACGACAGGUACGGACCUACCGUGCUAGCCAUCGUGUUGCUCGCCGCAGUGAUCGUGAACCUUGUGCUUAGGCUAAGCGAAUUUGGAAGCAAGGAUAAGAGCGGAGCAAAGACGGUCAGCACGCAGAUCGUUAUGUGAAGAAAGGACGUUGCGCUGUGGCUGGACUUGGUCGGCAAAGGCGCACAAAGUGGUGGCCAAGUCGAUCGGUUCAUUUCUAGACAUCAAAGUCGAUGGAUGGAAAGUAGAACGGGAUCAGGCAUCCAUGUUGCUGACAGGCAAGUGGACGAGCGGACAACGGCAGAGAGAGAGAGAGAGAGAGAGAGAGAGAGAGCAUGUGGAAAAUUUAUUCUCCCUGUUAUUUGCAUAGGACGGAUCAUUGUACAUACGGGUGGAGUUUGGAAUCAAAGUCUCUUACGAAGCUAGAGCCGCUGCUGUUGGGAGAGAGUUCGAUGACGUGAGCGUCGCCUCUCAAGCUAUUGUCCGCGUUUUGUUUAACACCAGAUUUUGUCAAGGAUCGGCACAAGCGAAGAAAAGGGUAGCUACUCGCGAGGUCCAGAUACGAGUCAUUCCUGAUUGAAGACUAGCUUCUUGUACAUAGAAUGACUUAGGACUCAUGACAAAUGCAAACCGUCGUCUUCAA